CCCCACGACAGAUUGGGGGCAGGGACGAAGGAGGGCGGACUUCGAAGCUCCUUCCCAAGUUGUCUGGAGCAGGGCUGCUCAGCUGGGCUCUGCAUCACCUUGGGGCACGCCUUCUGGGGUGGGGAGGCGCUUCGCAUCUUACUGCCUGAAGAAUUUCCCCAACUCCUGAAGAAACCGGCGGUGGUGAAGUGACCUCUGGUCUCCCAACUCCCAGCCUGAAUGGUUAAGACUGAGUUUGCACUUUUCUAGGCUACAGUUUUCUGAAGUCACUCCAGGUUUGGGGGACAGUGACUGAGACGCCCCCUCGCUUCCUGCAUCUUGGGCUGUUUGCCGGCUCUUUUUGGAAGACAAGUUCUGGGUUUCAUUGCUUCCUUGCUACUUCUUCUCCCUCCCCUCCUAGGUUUUUACCUUUCUUGGGGUCCCCUCUUGCCUUGCUGGGGAGAUGACCCUUAUGAUGUGGAAUAAGGAGUCCUCCCGCUGCCUCCUUUUACUAGCCGCGGUCCUGAUGGUGGAGAGCUCCCAGUUGGGAAGCCCCAGAUCCAAACUGAACUCCAUCAAGUCCGUCCUGGGCGGGGAGACCCCAACUCAGGCAACCAAUCGAUCUGCGGCCAUCUACCAAGGACUGACUUUCGGCAGCAGUAAGAAGGGCAAAAACCUGGGGCAGGUAGGAAAAUCUUCAAAACACAAUCAUCAGCAAGGAGAGGCCUACCCUUGUAGCAGCGAUAAGGAGUGUGAAGUCGGAAGAUACUGCAGCAGUCCCCACCAGGGUUCUUCAGCCUGCCUGGUGUGCCGGAGGAAAAAGAAACGCUGUCAUCGAGACGGCAUGUGCUGUCCUGGCACCCGCUGCAACAAUGGUCUCUGUAUUCCAGUCACGGAAAGCAUAUUAACUCCUCACAUCCCAGCACUGGAUGGCACACGACACAGAGAUCGCAAUCAUGGUCACUACUCACACCAUGACUUGGGCUGGCAGAAUCUAGGAAGACCACAUUCUAAGCUGUCACACAUAAAAGGACAUGAAGGGGACCCUUGCUUAAGGUCAUCAGACUGCAUGGAAGGAUUUUGCUGUGCUCGUCACUUCUGGACCAAGAUUUGCAAACCAGUGCUACAUCAGGGUGAGGUGUGCACCAAGCAGCGUAAGAAGGGCUCUCAUGGCUUGGAGAUCUUUCAGCGGUGUGACUGUGCCAAAGGCCUGUCUUGCAAAGUAUGGAAAGAUGCCACCUACUCCUCCAAAGCCAGACUCCAUGUGUGUCAGAAAAUAUGACCCAAAAUGAGGAAAACAUCCCUAGUAGACUGUGAAUUUGUGUAUUUAAUGCAUUAUGGCAUGGUGGAAAAGAAGGGUGGUAACAAAGCAAGAGGGCUGAAAUGAGGAUUGUGAUAAGAGUACAGAUCACCAAAAAAGGAAAAGAAACCAAUCAACUACCAAAGUCCCCCAGAGUGGUUUGGAAUGGUUGGCCAAUGCCCAGUGCUGGAGUGUUUCCAUUAUGCAAACUUGUUUAUGUAAAUAAUGUAAACAUUUGUGAAAAUGCUAUUAAAAAAAAGCACGAAGUGGAAAUUACUGACAUUUAUCAUGUGUCUUCCCAUGAAUUUAGGUUGUGCCACAAGAUAGGUUUCCAUGGGGGUGUUAAUGGCUAUUGAAACAAUGAACAAACUGAAUUUCUAUAUGAAGCCAGACUAGAAUGAAAUACCAUUCUUGAAGUCCACUUUGGCACCAUGCCAGAUGCUGGAAAAUGACAAGACCUAGAGAAAUGGUAUGAAAGGCAGGUAGUGUCUGAAUUGCAUUCACAAUCUAGUGCCCAUAAUUUCAUUUAAAAUGCUGUUCGUGGUCAGAUGGAAGGGAAUUUAUUCCAAAGAGAGCUAUUAAAAUUCUAAUCAACACUUUCAAAAUGGCUGAACUUCUUCUUCUCCUUCUUCUUCUUCUUCUUCUUCUUCUUCUUCUUCUUCUUCUUCUUCUUCUAUAUAGAACUAAUAACUCCUGAUUUAGAAGGAAUCUUGUUAUAUUACACCUAAUUUCAAUUCUUAUUUUAUGGGUGGUUUUCCUGGCUAGGUUACACCUGUCAAAUUAAAGGAAAGGAAGGAAGGAAGAAAGAAAGAAACAAAGAAAGAAAGAAAGAAAGAAAAAAGAAAGAAAGGAAACUGGUCUAAAGAAUACAGGUUUCAUCCUUUUCACCCAGUGUGGUAGGUAGUAAGGUUAGGAGAAAAUAAUUCUUUUUAAACUUAUCAACUUCUUUAAUUUUCCAGAGACUCAGACCAACAAAUAUAUUCACAGGCAAAAAGCUGAAGUUAUGCAAAGUAGUAUAGGUAAAAUUGAGAAGAAAACCAAUUACGCUUUCAGGAUCUCAGACUAUUUUCUAUAGUUCCAUAGUCUCUAAAAACUUUAACCCAAUUCAUUUAUCUCCUCAAUCCAACCCUUUAUCACAUACUUUCCACUUCUAAUGAAAAGAAGUGGAAAAGUUUUUGCUUGUUUUUACAUGAUAUCAAAGCAUAGAGGAGGAAAGGGAAAACAGUCAGGAAAGUAUCCAGCUGUUUAACCUAAUUUCUGAGUCAUUGGCUGAAUUUUCAUCUUUUAGCACAAAUAUUAGACUUUAUGAAGAUAUGACCUAUGUGAAAGUAGGACAUAUGAGUCUCACUAGUGCUUGUGCAGAUUGCAUCAAGUCCUGUUGUACUGCAAAGCCUCCUCAAUGAAAUCUGUAAUCACUUGGAAGCAUUUGGGCUAACUAUCCACACAGAAAAGCCAAGUGGAUGAAGAAUGCCAAUUUUCCAUGAUAUUUUCCACUGAGUAGAAUUUAUUAUAAGUGGAGGGAGAGGCAUCGUAGGCCUCUAAACCACUAAAAAGUGGUUUAGUUGCUGAAGUACCUAAAGGAUUUUAUUACAAGGUAGUGCCAUGUCAAAACCCCACCAAGGACAGCAUCAGAGUUACAUUCUAGUGUAUAAUGCAACUUUCUUGAUAUGGUAGAUAUCACCAUUAUCAUUUCUUUGUGAACUUUUCUCUCUAGCAAUUUAUAUUAUGAAAUAAGUAGGUUGUGCUUUUCAUUCUCCAUGGAGAUAAAUCAACCACACUAUUAAUCUACUGAUGUUCUUAUUUCUGAAAUCUCUAAGGUUAUCUUCUCCCUGUUUUAGGGUUUCAUUCUAAACAUUGCUAGAGUAUAAAAAGAAGGAAGAAAAUGCUUUUAAAAACAGCUUUUGACUUUCCUAUUUGUAGAUCCACAGUCACCUCUUAAUUACUUCUCUCUGAACUGUCUGAUCCCCACCUGCUGACUCAAACUCAAUUUUUUUUCAUGAGAUGUUGGAACUGAGCCUGCAUAUCAGUUGGGAAUCUAAUCUCCCACCCACACUUAAAUAGAAUGAUUAAGAUUUACAAGUGUUCCCCACAUGUCUGAUUAAAAAAAAAAGUUAUAGACUAUUUGCCAAUCUAUGUAAGUAGGAUUCCGAGUGUGUACAAAUAGGCUUCUGUGAGUUUGGAGAAGUGAAAAAAAUGUAACAUUUCCAUGAAACAUUUCCUAUGCAUCAAUUACAUUUAUAUGCUGGCUUCUGCAUGACUUCCCUUGUGUCUGCUCUACCCUAACCCUUCAAAAUGAUUAUUUGAAGUAAUUUAUUUACAGGGAAUGUUUAAUGAGAUGUAUUUUCUUAUAGAGAUAUUUCUUACAGAAAGCUUUGUAGCAGAAUAUAUUUGCAGCCUGUUGACUUUGUAA